AUGAGCACGAAACGACGGCUUGUAGUGUCUUCGGAUUCGGAUGAUGAUAUGCCGGCGAAGACGAAGCAGGAGCAAUCAAAGGCAACGAUUCCGGCCAAAAAGAGGCCAAAGCCGGUGACGUUGAGUGAAGAAGAAGAAGAGGAGGAUACUCAUAUCCGUCAAAAAAAGACGACGAAGAGGUCGAAGAAGCGAGAGGAGGUGGAGAGCGACAUAUCCUCGGAGGAAGAUGAGCUUGUGCGCGGGAGUGACGAAAAGAAGAAGAGAGUGUCGAAAAAAGACGGAAAGAAAGCUUUGCCGCCAGGUCAGAAAACAUUGGAUUUUAUGAGAAAGCCUUCAACUUCUUCUACUUCAUCAAGAAACGAGGAGCCGAAGAAGAAGAAUAUUGAGAAGACGCUUGUAAAUCCAGCGGAUUUCUUCAAAAACUCGCCGGCUCCAUCGGCAUCGAAACUUCCGAAAGUAACACCAAAGGUUGUUAAGACUGUAGAGAAAUCAGCUACACCAGUGAAGAUCAGUCCUUCAACUAAAGAGAACACGAAGGCUAAGAAGGUGUCCGAUGACGAGUUCGUUGAUUCUGAUGAUAGUUUCGAUAAUUUCAAACCGAUCACAGCGGCGAAAAAGACACCAGAGAAGAAAAAGGAGCCGGAGAAGAAAGAAUUAAAGAAGGAAACUUCGAAAAAAGAGCCUCCGGUGAAGAAAGAAGUCCCGAAAGUCACCUCAGAUGUCUCCUCAUCAAGCCAAGUGUCCACUUCGUCCGUGGUCUUCCCCACAAAACCAAAAGGUCCCGAACCGGUAUUGUCAUGGGUUGAUAAAUACAAGCCGAAACGUAUGGACCAACUUGUCGGACAGAAUGGAGAGAAAAGUCCGAUGAACAAGCUCAUGGAUUGGUUGAAGAAUUGGGCGAGACAUAACCUUGGCGAGGGUGCCAAGAUCAAGAAGCCAAAACCACCACCGUUUAUGGCACAAAGCGACGGUACUCCAUUCAAAGCGGCGCUUCUCUCUGGAACACCGGGAGUUGGAAAAACGACGUGCGCUUACAUGGCUUGUCAGCAGCUCGGUUUUCCGUUGGUCGAGAUGAAUGCAUCGGAUGUUCGUAACAAAAAACAUCUGGAGGCGAAGAUCGGCGAACUGUCAGGAUCGCAUCAAAUUGAGCAAUUUUUUGGAGUGAAAAAGUGCGUUCCGCAGGAUAAUCUGAAAGUUCAUCAUGUUCUGAUUAUGGAUGAGGUUGAUGGAAUGUCUGGAAAUGAGGAUAGAGCUGGUAUUUCGGAGCUCAUUCAAAUCAUCAAAGACUCCAAAAUUCCAAUCAUCUGCAUCUGCAACGAUCGUCAACAUCCUAAAAUUCGUUCUCUUGCCAACCAUUGCUUCGAUUUACGGUUCUCGAAGCCACGUGUUGAAUCGAUUCGUUCUCGAAUGAUGACGAUCUGCUCACAGGAGAAGCUGAAAAUCAAAGUAGAGGAGUUGGAUGAGCUUAUUGAGUUGUCGGGACACGAUGUUCGGCAGACUAUAUAUAAUCUGCAGAUGAGAUCGAAAUCUGCCGAUUCGAAAGUGAGCAAGAAAGAUCAAGCAUGGGGACCCUUCGAAGCUGCUCGGCGACUUCUUGACUCUCGGACGACACUGAUGGAGAAGCAGGAGAUGUUUUUCGUUGAUUAUGGAAUUAUGCCACUUUUUGUCCAGGAAAACUAUCUGAAUAUGAAGAACGAUAAGCACUCACAGCUUCAAGCGAUUCGUGGAAUAAGAAAAGCCGCUGAUUUCAUUUCACUCGGAGAUCUCGUUGAUAAGCAGAUUCGUGGAGGUGGCUCGUGGAAGUUGCUCAACGAGCAGAGUAUGUUGUCGGCAGCACUUCCCGCAAUGGCUACCGGUGGUCAUUUGAAAUCGAUGCUUCAAUUCCCAUCGUGGCUUGGAAAGAAUUCGACAGCUGGAAAGAAGAAAAGAUUGUUACAACAGCUUGUGCAGCAUACUCAUCUCAAAGUUUCCGCUAGUACUCACUCAUUCGCAACUGAUUAUGCUCCUAUGCUUCGACAGAAAAUCACAAAACCACUGUUAGAACAUGAAGUCGAUGGUAUCCCAGCUGUUAUCGACACAAUGACAGAGUAUGACCUCAUCAAGGAUGACGCAGAGGCGCUCACCGAAAUUGCUACUUGGCCCGGAAAAAUCGAUCCGGCUAGCAAGAUUUUGAGUAAAGUGAAGGCGUCAUUGACCCGCACACUGAAUAAAACAAGUCGAAUGCUUCCGUAUUCGAUCGAUGAGGUGGCAAAAGGAAAACGGAAAGGUGUGAAUGCGAUCGGAAUUGAAAUGGACGAAGAGGGAAACUUGGUGGAGCAAUUUGAAGAUGAAGAAGGAGAGUCUGAUAAAGAAGAAGAGGCGAAACCAACUUCUUCGGAAGUCAUUGUCAAAACGAGAACAGUUGGACCAUCAGGAACUACGAAGUCAACUCGAGGAGGACGUGGAGGAGCUCGUGGAGGAGCACGUGGCGGAAGAGGAAGCAAGAAGUGA